AUGGCGCUUCCACCGCCAAAAUAUCCACACCGAGAAGAACGGAAACGAGCCAGUCAGCCUGGGAGAAUGACGCAGAGGGCUAUCUGUCAAAUCCCGGUGCGAAACAAUGGGCGCAAGACUGUAUUGAUUACCACCAAACGAUUGGACAUCAAGCGUCAGGGGCAUCGGGCCUGUGUGCACGCCGUUGGCGAAAUACCACAAUUGUUAUCCUUAGAUGAUAGGCCUCCCCCUAAGCCAGCCCGCUGCCGAUUUAUCGCCCUGCAAGACUCUUCUUCCACGGGCACUCGCACACAUGACACAAUGAGAUGGGAAGAAUACGAGAGGCUCAAAAAUGGCCAUAGUCGUCCCCCUUGA